AUGUUUAGAUUGAACCCACUUCGAUAUAUGGAAGAAUUCCUUAAUAUAGGAAUUGGACUAAUUAGCACCGUCAAACCGACAUAUCAAGCGAUCAUAACAACAAAUCCAACCGAGGAAGUCGUCGAAUAUGAUCACCCGAUGGUGGUUACAUCGAUAACUCAAAUCCUAACAUCCAAACAUUAUAGACCCGUAAUGAUUUAUAUUUUUAAGAUAUCAUUAUUAUUUGCGAUUAUUAUUUGUACACCAGGAUAUAUUUGGUACGUUGCAGUAAAUUUAACCACCAUGGCCAAAUUAACAGCGAUAUAUAAUACAAGUUGUUUUUGGGCUUAUGUAUUUUCAAUCAUUUUAUUGAAUGAAACAAUUCGAAUAGAGAAAGUUUUUUCCGUAAUUUUAAGUAUCACGGGAGUGAUGGUCAUGUCAUUGUUAAUUCCGAAUGAAAGAGCAAACAAUAUUGAAGUUGGAGAUUUUAUCGCGUGUUUUGGAGCACUUGUUUAUGGAUUAUAUGAAGUCCUUUAUAAGAAGUUGGGAAGUCCUCCUACAACUUCGUUUUUAUUUGCGAAUACGAUAACGGGAUUAAUAGGAUUAUGUACUCUAUUGUUUCUUUGGAUACCUAUACCGAUAUUACAUUAUUUGGGUAUUGAAAUAUUUGAAUUGCCUGAUCCUGAAACGUUUGGAUAUAUCUUAUCAACUGCCAUAGCCGGAGUAUUUUUUAAUGCUAGCUUUAUGUUAUUGAUAGCAUUGACUUCUCCGUUAUUUGCGUCUGUUGGUAUUAUGUUAACCAUCCCAGUCGUUGCUUUGGUUGAUUGGCUCAUUACUAAUACUCCCAUAGGUGUAAAUACUAUUAUUGGUAAUCUCUGUAUAUUAUUGGCCUUUAUAUUAUUAAGUUGGACCAAUAUCAAGGAUAAAAUUAGAUAUAUUUUUUAA